AUGGCGGCUCUCACAUCACUUGCAACGUUAAAAUCAAAGUACAACGUAACUCAAAAGUUAUUAAUAAAUUAUUUAAAUGGGAAACAACAAUUACACACAAGUUGUGUUUGUUUUAAAUCUGGACAAGUCAAAAGAACAUUACGUAAAAACAAACCGAUAAAUUAUGAAAAAUCAUUAGGAGCACACGAUAUAGGACACAACAAAGCAUGGAAUUCAUGGAACACUUCAACAUUAGAAGGAGGUUUAAGGGUACCAGAAACUUUACUAGAUGACGUAUUCAUUAGGAAAUUCGUUUACGGUACGUUCCCAGGAAUGAUACAUUCUGAAAUAAUUGUUAAAAGAAUUCACAACACAAUUCGAAUAGCAAUGAUUAUAUAUCCUAAAAUGUCAUCGACUAAAAUUUUAUUUUUAGUCGGAUACACAGAAGAACUAUUAAGUAAUUGGCUUAAAUGUAUGGUUAAAUUAGAAUUGCAAGUUAUCAAACAUCCAGAUGAAGUUGUUUUCACACAUGUGUAA